AACAUUUCACUUGGGGUAUUUGGUAUUUUGAUCCUUUCACCCUUUACUGUAUAUAUGCUCCAUAUUUUUGUCAAGUGGAUAUUUGUCUAUUUCUUCUCUAUAGACCAACCUGUUAAGCCUGUUUGGACUAAUAAGAAAACAAUUUCUUUCCCAGACCAACUCUAGAAUUUCACAAUUUACACACUUUCUGCUCUGAACAAAACCACAAUUUUUUGCUUUCUGUUUGAGUGAUAAACCCUAAAUUUUCACAAAAAAUCGAUCUCUUUAUCUGGGAAUGGGGUUUGAUGAAAUGGAACCAAUAUUUGGGCGGCUAAAUGCAGAGUGGUCAGCACCUCACAAAACCCCUUUGAAGCCUUUCCUUUUUCAUGUCCACGGCUUCUCAACUGAUCCCUCUACUCUCCGUGUCUGCGCUACUGACUUCCAUUCAAAUACGUGGGAAGCUUUGAUGUCUCAACAUGAGCUUGAAGAUAUGAGGGACAGAACUGGUAUAGGCGGCUCUUGGUCUGACUUUGUAGAUUACCUUAUAGCUUCCAUAAAGUCUGAAGAUGUGAAGCUUGUUAUGGAUGGACAGUCAAAAGUUGGAGGUGCUGCACAUGCAAAAUUGGUUGCUCAGAAAGCAAAGGGGAUGCCAAGAAUUGCUAUUUCACUUAGUAAACUUGUGGAUACUGCAUCAACUGAUGCAAUGGCGAAUCUUUCUCUGGAGCUUUACAAAACUUUUACAAAUGUACAUAGUUUGCUUAAAGCUGAGCAACAACGAUGCUGUGAGUUGACAAAUGUUUUAUCAGAAGAAAAGGAAAAGAAUGAAACUGCCCAGAAGCAACUUGAUGCACUUCUGUACUCAAAAAGACAGAAGAUACAAAAAAUUACUGAAAACACAGCCUCAGAUACUGCAACCAUCAGUAGCUCACUAGAGUCUCCAGUUAAGCAAGCAGGCCAACUUCCCUCUACAAAGGUGACUAACCGUGUGGUACCAGCACAUCGUAGGGCCAGAGUCCGAGGUGUUCUUUUACAUGAUACUGAAGAUGAGAAGCAAGAUUAGGAAUUAACCGUGUCAUUUAUCUCCAUGAUUGAUUGAAGCAUGUGUUCAUUAGUUCUUUCUGUAAAUACUGUAUGAUUGAAAAUAUGCGGGGAUAAAGUCGAGAUUCAAUUCACAUGAGAGUUGGUAGGCUUAGAGAGACAACUAAUUCAAUGUGUAAAGCAGUCUUUGUUUGUGGUGACCAAGGUGAACAUCCAACUUCUAUCCACUAACCGGAAAUUUUAUCAAAGAUCAAGGUUAUCUGUUUAUUGAUUGCAGUAA